CCUUUCUUGCUCUCCCCUUGCGGGCGCAAUGCUGCUGCUCCCGGUGUGAGUGAGGGGGAGGAGGAGGAGGAGGAGGAGGAGGAGGAGGAGGAGGAGGAGGAGGAGGAGGAGGAGGAGGAGGAGGAGGAGGAGGAGGAGGAGGAGGAGGAGGAGGAGGAGGAGGAGGAGGAGGAGGAGGAGGAGGAGGAGGAGGAGGAGGAGGAGGAGGAGGAGGACGAUGAACUGUCAGCGUCAACCGUGCCUGGGGGGACGUUCUUGUAGAGAAUGACAUUAUAGAGAGUCAAG